AUGGAAUUCUACGCGCCAGCCAAAGGGGCGCCUUCCUCCUUUGCAACAGGUCUUGAGGCAUCGCCGGCGUCUGACAUCGCGGGCGGAGGGUCGAGUCUGGCGUUCUACGACGACUGGCGCGCGCACUCGAAGCAUGCCGGAGGUGCGCAGCGGUCGCCAGGUGGGGGCGGCAGCAACAUGGGGGUGGUGGACGCAGUCGGCGCGUCGCCCUCGUCGGAAGCUGCGGAUUGGGAUUGGGGAGAGUGUGGGUCGGGGCGAUUUGGGGAAUUGGGCGAUAGGGAAGAGUGGGGAGUGAGGGAGGGUGCAGGGAUUGGAUCUGGUGAGCGUGCGAGCGGGGGUGUUGGAGGUGGAGGUGGAGGUGGGCGGUGGGGGUCGGGUUGUGGGAGGAUGAUGGUGGUGGGGCGGAAAUUGGAUCGAGAGUCACGCGAUACGAUGUGGAAAGGUUUGUGGGGGUUAGGAGUGAUAGGAGGGUUUAAUCAUCCAGCGAACCGGAAACUGGGUGCAGUGGUGGCUCGGGGCAAGGGCGAGUAUCCGGAGAGGGUGGGGCAACCGGAAUGCCAGUAUUAUCUGAAGACGGGAACUUGUAAAUUUGGAGCGACGUGCAAGUACCAUCAUCCUCGGGAGAAGGCGGGGUCAACAGGGCGAGUGCUUUUGAACGUGCUGGGGCUUCCGCUGAGACUGGGGGAGAAGGAGUGCGCGUAUUACAUGCGGACGGGGUCUUGCAAGUACGGAGUGACAUGCAAAUUCCAUCAUCCACAGCCAGCGACGGUGGGGGGAAUGGUGCCAGUGCCGUUCGGGAGUGGCGGGGGCCCAUCGUCUCCGGCUCCGCAGGGAUAUGCGGCGGGAGCGCUGCCUUCGUGGCCACUGGCAAGAUCUCCGUAUCCGCUACCAAGGCUGCAGACACAUUCGAGUUACGGUCCAAUGCUGCCACUGCAGCAAGGGAUCAUGUCGAUGCCAGGGUGGAGCUACCAAGGACCUGUCGGGCCGGCAGACGGUCACCAGCAGGGUUAUGUGUUUGGAGGUGCCCCUCAGGGAGAACACGUAUCGGGGUUUGGUCCUUACAUGCAGGGUUCGUCGGCGGUGGGUCUCCCCGCCCAUCAGGCAACGCAGAGCGUUGUUGGACAGAAAGAAAGUCUGUUUCCUGAGAGACUUGGGCAACCGGAGUGCCAGUACUAUAUGAAAACUGGGGAAUGCAAGUUUGGGACGACUUGUAGAUAUCAUCAUCCGAAGGAUCGUUCGACGCCUUCAUCAACAUGUCAUUUAAGCGCCAUGGGUCUUCCUCUGCGCCCUGGAAACCCUCCUUGCUCGUUCUACACACGCUACGGCAUAUGCAAAUUCGGGCCGACGUGCAAGUUCGACCACCCACUAGUUGGAAGCUUAACUUACAGUCCGUCGGCCGGGUCGCUUGCGGACGUUCCAGUGGCACCUUAUCCAAUUGGGUCAUCGCCGAUGAACCUAGCACCGUCUGCGUAUUCAGAAGGUCUUCUGGAGCGGCAGGGUUCAGGUGAGGCGGGUGGGUACGCGGAAGACGGGAUUGGUCACCAUGUGACAUCGCGGAGCAAUUCAGAGGGAGGCGGGGUGAGCUCGGGAUCGGGUGUGAACGGAGGAGUGGGAGGGGCGGGAAGCGGGAGUGGUCCAACUCAGGCGGAGAGCGUGGGCAAGAGCUAGAGGAGCAUGUAGGAAGCGAAGGAUUGCCUUGCUCUUUGAGCGUCCGGGACCGUGGCAAGCUACCGAGAGGUGAUUGAGUUUGGUCAAGUACGUGCAGGGGGCGGUGGAGUGGGUGUGAAUAAGGCGAGGAGCGGGGCCAUGAAGCGUGGAUGGGGCUGUGGUGGGGUUGAGGCCAGAGGCUGGGUCAACGUGGAAGUGGGUGGAAGGGGUUGGACGGAGCAGAUGGGCAGGUGGUGGUGGUGUUCGCGCAGCAGUGUUGAGAGGCGCAGAGAAGUUACGGAGUUGUAUGGCGCAGGACACCGAUUCUUGUCCCGUCGGGUGGUCUGACUGGAAUGCACUGCAGGGCAGUGCAGCGGAGUGAGAGGAGGAGAAUUUGUUAGGUGGACAGUUAGGUCUGGUAGGUCGGCAUUCACACCUGUCCUGUGGAAGGAAGGAAGGAAAGGCCAAUGAUUUGGCCGUGGAAUGGUUGGGAGGGCGUUGAGCAUUCCGUUCGGGGGGAACGGAACUGCAGAGAGGAGACGAGUGCGCUUUUCGCAUGAUGGUAGAGUUGCUUUGUGUAGGCCCGAGUUCGUUAGAUUCAUUGCCCUUAAACCCUGAAAUAACAGUUGCCCGACUCGCUUGGUGCAUGUUCUCUCUUGUAUUUAGUGCAAGGUCAAUUUUUCAUGUGCGGACACUUUUUUUA